UCUAGUAGCACAGCUGAUUGUUCCAUAAGCUGAGUCUCUCAAAUACAGUACUCCCUCCUCUCUCUCUCUCCAUCUCUAUCGCUCAGCAGCUCUCGUCUCGACCCCUCUCACCUCGACGACGACGGCACCUUCUUCCUCCGUCCAUCUCUCGAUCUCAGCCUCUUUCUCACUCACUCAGAAGAUUAGCUACCCCGACCACACUCCACACGCACGAUUGUUUGCCAAUGGAGUUUAGAGAUGCGAUGCGGAGAGCAUACAGUUAUAAUGUUCAAUUGCUGGUGCAGAUUGGAAAUAUCGGGAUUCAAGUUGUUUGGCAUAUUCUACAUUUACUUGUCAGUGUCUUCUACGUAGUGCUGGGAAUAACAUAUGUUGCAGAAAGCUAUCUUAUCUCUAGUGGGUUAUGGAAGAAAUACAGAGCCUUCAACAGUGGCAAAGUUCGGUACCUGGCCAUUGUGGUAGAAAGUGAAGAAGCUUACCAAACUUCAAAAAUUAUCAAGCUUUUGUUGUGGCUGGAAAGCAUUGGUGUGAAGCAUAUCUGCCUUUAUGACACAGAAGGAGUAAUGAAGAAAUCAAGGGAGGUCAUCUUGGAGAAAUUGAACAAUGUAACAGAGUUUGAGAAAGCUAGUGAACAUGACAAGUUACUUAGCCAGAACUGUAUGACCCUGGAAUUCGCUUCAUUUUCUGAUGGGAAGGAAGCUGUGGCUAAAGCAGCCAGCUUUCUUUUUAGAAAGUAUAUGACAUCCACUGCUUUGAAUGGAAACCAGGAAGAGAAAAUGUUUACAGAAGCUCAAAUGGCAGAUGCACUAAAAACUAUCGGAUGCAAUGGACCAGAACCUGACCUCCUAUUAGUCUAUGGACCUGCAAGAUGCCACCUAGGUUUCCCUGCUUGGAGAAUUCGAUACACUGAGAUUCUACAUAUGGGACCACUGAAGUUCAUGAGAUAUGGCUCCCUAAUUAAAACCAUUUACAAGUUCACCAUGGUGCGCCAGAACUUUGGUAAAUAACUCAAAUGGUUAAGUAUGUGAUUUGUUCCCACUAAGUUUGAGAUUCGAGUCCCUUAUUAGUAACCAUAUAGCAAUUGCUAUAGCUUGUUUUAAGUCCCCAAAUGUUUAUAGCCGGAGAAGAAUUCAAAAGUUGAAGGAUGUGAAAUAAUUAGAAAAAAAAAUAAAGUGAAUCUUCUUUAUAGUUUGGGGAGAGGAAUAAAAACUAGGAAGGAUAUCUUAUUAUUUAUUUAUAAAAUUAUUGUAUUAUUUUAUAAAAGAUUAUUAUUAUUA